AUGGGCAGUGCCUACUACGACUGCGCAUCCGCCAUUCUCCUGUGCGCAGAGGACAACCGCAGCAUCCUCGGCCUCGACGACGAGGACGGCUGCGGGCUGCCCCCUGGCCGGCGGCGCCGCCGGAGAUCCGCCGUUGGCGGCGGAGCUCCGGCGGGUUUCCAUCUGCAGACGGAGGAGUGUCUGGCGAUGCUGGUUCUCCGAGAGCACCACCAUCUUCCCCGCGAAGACUAUGCCACCCGUCUGCAAACCGGAGCCUUGGACUUGUCGCUCCGAAGGGACGCCAUUGAUUGGAUCUGCAAGGUCUGUUCAUCUUCAUCUUCAUCUUCAUCGUCAUCAUCAUCAUCAUCAUCAUCGUCGUCGUCGUCAUCAUCUUCUUCUUCUUCAUCUUGUUUGUCAUCAUCAUCUUCUUCCUCCUGUUUUUCUUUUCCUUUUCUGUGUUCCUUGGGCAUUUUCAGAGACGCCUCCGGAUUUGAUGGUUUGAAGCAUGGUUCUAGCUGCGUAUAUAGCUAUCAUCUUCGUUUUUCGAUCAAAGAUCCUUCUUUUAGCGCCCCAUCUUAGUUGUUCUUCGCUUCUCUCAUUGCUUUGCUUUCAUUAAUGGCGGUCCGUCUUGGUUUUCUUGCUCAGGUCCACGCUCACUACAGCUUUGGGCCUCUCAGUGGCUACCUCUCUGUAAAUUACUUGGACAGAUUCCUCUCUCUGUACGAGCUCCCGGUAGAAGCUCCCUCCCUUUCUCUCUCUAAAACCUUCCUUCUUCAGUUCAAGAUGAUCCUCAUGGUGGUUCCAUCGCCUGGUUGCAGCAGGGCAAGGCGUGGAUGAUCCAAUUGCUGUCUGUGGCGUGCCUGUCGCUGGCGGCGAAGAUGGAGGAGGCGGAGGUCCCCCUCUCUCUGGAUUUACAGGUGGAAGAAGAUCCCCGAUCGAUCGUCCUCACUCCUGUUCCUGUUCUUCCUCAGAUCGAAUCCGCGGUUUAGUCUGAUGGUGGAGAUUCUGACGAUCUGACAGGUUGGCGAUGCGAAGUUCGUCUUCGAGGCGAGGACGAUUCAGAGGAUGGAGCUGCUGGUGCUCAGCACCCUCCAAUGGCGGAUGCAGGCGGUGACCCCCUUCUCCUUCCUCGACUACUUCCUCCGCAGCUUCAAUGGCGGCAAGUCCCCCGGAGAGGCGUCCAUCUCCCGGUCCGUCGACCUCAUCCUCCGGACGACCAGAGGUCUGCAUUGCCCACCUUCUGCUCCCAAAUUUAGAAACUAGGAUUUACCUGCUCGUCGUCGUCGCCCUCCGUCUUCGUCCUCCUUCAUCCUCCUCGAUUCUCUCUGGAAAUGAUCUCUCGGUCGACUGCAGGGAUCGAUUUCUUGGAAUUCCGGCCAUCUGAGAUCGCCGCCGCGGUGGCGAUCUCUGAGCUCGAGGCGGCGGCUGAGGAGGAGGUCUCCGGAGCGCUGCUGAGCCGCUGCGUCCAUCUCGACAAGGUCAGUCCAGUCCCUCUCUCACCUCUCUCUCUAUGUGAGAAGCUUCUCCUCUGUCGAUGAUAAUGACAAUCAAUUCCGGCGAGCGGUGGCGCAGGAGAGGGUGCUGAGAUGCUUGGAGCUGCUGCGGGACGCGGCGGCGCCGGGGAAUCGCCCGUCGAAGGAUGGCGCCGCCGCCGCCGCCGCCGGCUCUGGUGCGCCCGGAUCUGUUCCGCAGAGCCCCAUCGGCGUGCUGGACGCCGCCUGCCUGAGCUACAAGAGCGACGACACCACCGCUGGCUCUCAGUCGAUCCCCGAGCAAAACUCACCGGAACCGAAGAGGAAGAAGAACCCCGAUCCGUCCGAGGUUUAG